GUCUCAUUAGCCCUUCUCCUGCCAGCUCCACUAUGCCUCAAUCCUUGGCUUAGUCCAACCCCCCAGCACACUCUUUUCCCACUUCCUUCCUUUGGUAUAGAAUGUUGUUUGGUGUUUGCUUGUUUCUGGCGCACAAUGGAUGGCAGUCAUGAUCUUCCCGAAGUACCUCGAUCCGAACCUGUUUUCCCUCCCUCGUCGCAGGAGAUCCCUUCCUCUCCGCCGUCCAUAGCAUCCGAUGCUGGGGUCCGACGCAAGCCAAAGAAGCCUCCUCCGGUUACUCCUCGAUCAUUUCGACGAUUUUUUACGCCGCGCUCCUUGCUCAAUGGCGGAAAUAACGUAGGGACCGUGAAGACCAACCGGCAGGCCCUGAAGGCCCUUAGCUCGCCGGCUGUGAACCGCCUAGGGCCGGCUUUUACGAGAACACUGAAAGCUGUUGGAACCCGACCUGACCCGUCCGAUCUCAUGCGAACACCGAGUCGCAAGAGAAAGCUUUCGUUUUCUUCCAUUGGCUCCCCUUUACAGUCCUCGCCGCUGCGGAAAGUCCGAGUUCGAACGCCAAAUCACGAUGCCGACGAAUUGGACGCCCCAGUCCGUGAUAUCGAAGUCGACAAUAAGAUCCCGAGCAGCCCAAUCAAACCUCUUGCAUUGGCCCGGCCGUCUCGCCAGAUUGCGCCAGUUCAACGGUCGAAAGCGUUGCAGACAUCCGGAGGACUUUUCAUGCGAAGUGUGCUAGGUUCAAGGGCAAACCGGGUGACCAUGCGUGCGAACGCAGGCGCUGGGUGGCAAGAUUUAACAUCAACGUUUUACUCUCGACCGUCGGACAGUCAUACCUGCUCCAGUUCAUCUGGAGACCGGCUUGCACUUCCGUUCUGCACGGCGUCGUGUAACACCAAUACGCUUGUUGCAGUAGGCGAUGAAGAGGGUGGUAUCCGAUUGUUGGACUCCGCAAAGGACGACAAGAAUGGCUUCUCCAAAUCUUACCUUUCUUUCCGUCCUCACAUGAACGCAAUCAUGGACCUUGAGUUUUCAUCUGAUGAUAUGUUGUUAGCAACCGCGUCGGGGGAUCAAACGGCAGUAGUCAUUGACAUGGCUACGCAAAAGCCGAUCUACUGUCUGGCCAACCAUGUUUCUUCCGUGAAACGAGUACAGUUUCAACCAGCAGCCAACAACAAGGUUCUGGCGACAUGUAGUCGUGAUGGCAACGUCAACAUCUGGGAUCUUCGAUGCAAAGGUUUUGAGAAACCUUCCUGGCAGGCUCGUUGCUCUCUUGAGUCCGAAGCCGACUAUCCUAGUGCGCCUACUACCUCUAAAAUGACGUACCCCCAGGUUUUGAACACGAUCCAUGGUGCCCACGCUUGGAUGCCCCAGGUGUUCACGGCGGAUAAAUCAGAGCCCCAGAUCGGGCGCUCUGAUAUCACCGUGACCUCCUUGGCUUUCCUUCCUCCGGGCCGGGAGAAUUUGUUCGUCACUGCAUCCGAAGCAAAUGCCUGCGUGAGAUUGUGGGAUAUGCGCACGGCACAUAACAAUCGCCGUGGCCGGCCUGUUCUUCCUCUUUCCACUACUCGAGAACCGGACAGCCACAUCAAAUAUAGGCGGUUUGGGCUCACUUCCAUGACACUUGGCGGCGAUGGCUCAAGACUCUACACCUUGUGUCGAGAUGGUACAGUUUACGCCUACUCAACCUCUCAUUUGAUUCUUGGCCAUGCACCUGAGCUUUCGCUGAACAAUGAUCGCCCACGUCGCUCGGGAGGAUCUGACAAAGAAGGCCUCGGGCCUUUGUAUGGAUUUCGCCAUCCUCGUUUACAAGUCGCUUCCUUUUACGUUAAGGCCGGAGUCCGAAAGGCUACGGCGGAUAGACCAGAGAUGUUGGCGGUUGGAAGCACCGAUCAAUGUGCUGUCUUGUUUCCGACCGACGAGCGCUUCCUUCACUCCUCGGCUCAGAGGCAAACAGUCGACGAAAGAGAGCCACCCCUUCCGCCGUCGUUCCCUUCAACGCGCUCUGGUUUGCGACGCACGAACUCGGGGGUUGGCUUGUCUGGAAGGUUGGAGGACACGGUACCAAUUUAUCAGUCUGGAACACCUUUAGUCGAAGGCCACAAGAAAGAAGUCUCGGCAGUUUCCUGGACCGUGGAUGGCGAGCUCAUUACAGUCAGUGAUGACUAUAGCACUAGGUGCUGGCGCGAGGGACCUGAUGCCAGAGACCUCCGAGUAGGGGGUGAGGCCGAUGGUAGACGAUGGCGCUGCGGCUGGGCUGAUACGAAAGACUCAUAUGAUGAUGAAGACGAAUGAUUUCCUUAUUGUUCAAACCCCAUUUUUCCCCAGCUGGUUUGUUUGCGCUGGUGAGCAUUUUCAAGGCGUCGAGGCAUUAUUUGCUUCCAUUUAGCGGGCGUUUUGUGUGAUUUUUAGAGGACUUCAGUCCCUUGUUUGAUUUCCAUUACAGCAUACACUGCAUAACAGAAGAUUCUCUUGCAAAACAAAAGCACUUAACAAUCAUCUGCUCUCUGGGUUGGGUUUAAUCGGAUUGG